AUGGCGAUAAAGGUGAUUCUGAUUCUGAUAUUUCCCCGCUGUAGAGAUUUAAUGGCUGUUGGAUGUGAUUUUCAGGAUAAAAUGUACCAAACUGAGGAACAUCGACAGGAUCACGGUGCUCCGUGUCAGAACCUUGGAAACCCUGUGUUCUCCUGCAUGCUGAAGACAUCAGCCGACGCGGAGCUUCUGUACAGGACCACGUCCGGCGAGUACGGAUCUCGAGCCCCGACCUACGAGUCGUCCCCGUGUGUGUAUCACCCGCUGUCUCAGGCUUUCUCCAAGCACCUGGGUGUGUGUGGGAUGUCCCGGGACACCUCGUUCAACACCAGCCUGGACCGCAGCAGGGUGUGUGACUGCCCCAAUUUACACAACACCAUCUGA